AUGUCACAGUUGAAUGUGGAACAUUGGGACAGCAGAAGAUAUGGUCCAUUGAAUGAGAGAAAUAUGGGAAACAAGCUCAAGUCACAGGGGUAUUCAUUUACAAAAUAUGUUUUUGCUCCUGGUACUGACUUUCCCGAUCAUACUCACGCAAUGUCCAAAAAAGACUCCAUUGUCUCUGGACAAUUCAGGUUUGCCAUGUGUGGCCAAGAAGUAAUUUUACAGCCUGGAGACAUGAUUGUUGUACCAGCUGGUACUGUUCACAAUGCCUCUGUGGUUGGAGAUGAGUCAGUGAUUUUCUUUGAUGCCUCCAAAUAAAGAUAAUAUGAAAUAAUAAAUAAUAUGAUAUGGACUGCAUGUGGUUUAUGCAGCUGUACAGAGGCUGUUGUAUUGUAAUUCAACUAUGUCCAAAUCAGUUAAUGACUCUAAUGUAUAUAGGAUGUAUUUUUCAGGAGUAUGAAACUCUAGUGGUAAAUCAUCAUCUUCAUCAUUAUGUGCUAUAAAGGAGUAAGAUCUCAGUGUAAGGUAAUCAUCCCUGUUUCUUUCAAAUUGACAGAAGAGGUGAUACAUAAACUCAGCUAAUUUUGAACACAAAUUUUUUAUUAAUUAUUAUUAUUCUAAAAUGAACUAUUGUAAUAAAUUUUGAAAGGCGGAUGUUUCUUGUCAGCCCCUUGUCAGGGCCAAAAUGAAGAUGAAUAAAGAUAAUUUUAACCUUUAUUGACCUUGCUUCCACUUAUUAAUGAUAAAUCACUAACUUGAUGUUUUAUGUGCUCAUUAGUCUAUGAUAAUAAAGUUUUUUUUAGAAAUCAAUUGAAGGUUUAAGGUGAAACAGCACAUACUUCUGUUGUAUCAUGAAUAUGGAAAGAACUGCCAGAAAUAGCCUGAUAUUUCAAAAGUUGUAUGUCAGUAAAUAUCACCUCAUACUAAAAUUAAAACAACAAUUUGUGACCAAAUCAUCCAAGUCUUGCUUACAGCUGAACUAGUAUUCAGCAGCACCACAUCAAAUGGUCAACCUGUAUUGAGUGAUCUGUUGUCAAAGUCCUGAAUUUGUUUCCUUUUAAUCACUGUUAUUUUUACCUCUUAUAAGCAGUCACUUCUAUUGAAAAGACGCUCAGUGAUGAUAUUUUUCAGAAAUUACAUCGACUCCUUAUAAAUAAAAUCCCCACCCCCACUCCCAGAAAUUUUUUUAUCUUUGACCCACUCCACCGACCCACAUCCUAAUGAACUCGUAGCCAGUCUUCCUCGCCCAUAAUAGCAAGCACGAGUUCGGUGGCCAUGUGCGUUGGAGACCCAGUGAAAGCUAUGUUCCGUUAUGUUCCGUCCUUUUCUGGCGUUGUGUGAGUUAAACGUGGACCAUAUUGAGCAGCAUGCAAGGUUUGACUAUCGAAUAUUUCUUUCGUUAAACAGGUCUAAUUUUUUUUUAUAAAAGAGAUCGUUUGGGACACUUUCAAAUGCCUUGAAAUCCGCAAAGGACUUGAAGGAGUUCUUAAAUGACCUUUUGAAUCAAUUGAAGAUGUUAAUUCACUCUUGGCUGAGGCACACUUAAUUUUAAAUCAAACAAUGAGAUGAUUUGUUCUCGUGUGAGUUCUAGAUUUAGUGUUAUUUGGAGCGAAUGCCUCGUGUUCAUUUCUCUAAUUUCUCAGGGUAUUCCACGUGUAUUCGGGACAUCCCGCAAAAUCCAUGUGGUUACGUGAUGGUGGGAGCCAAAUGAGUUGAAAAUUUUAUAUUUUGUGUCGAGAUCCGGUGAAAAAUUUAUCUACACAUUACAGAACAGUUUGCUAUUAGUUUGUUCUUCCUUUGAUGUGCUUGUAGCAAGUUUCUUGUGUGCAUGUGUAUUGGCAUAAAUGCUAUCCCUCUGCAAUCCUUUUGUCCUCUGUGAUGCUGUGAUCGACGAAAAGCUUGGAGACUCAUUUUAAAUUUUUAAAGUAGCUGUUAUACCGUUAUAUUAAAGUGUAAGCUUUUCCUUCUGCUCCCUUUAGUUUUCCUUUGGUAUUUAAUGGGACAAUUUGUCUAAUGGUCAUGAGCUUCUUGGGUUUGUGAUCAUUCCCUUCAUUCUCAUGACAUUAAUGUUUGAUUCAGGAGUGAUACUGUUGAGAGAAGUUAGGUGCCUAUCACUCUUAGGGGUUAAAGGAUUAGUAAAGCCUUCACUGGAAGCUUUCCCCUUGGUUUGCAGAUUUCUAUUAAGUAAUACAUUGGAUAUCUAAUAAAACACAUGAGCAUAUGCUCAAAGAGACAGGAAAUACUAAACAGUGGUUGUAUCAACAAGUUAGCUCUACCUGUUUCAUACUUAACUAACAGGUACUGGUGGAAAACUAUGUGUAUCAGUGAAACCCAUAGAGAUGUCUUGAAAUAUGCUAUAAAGGUGGUGAAAAAUGCUUUAUUUAUCCUACAAAUAAGGCUGGAACUUUCGCCUAUGCUACAUGAGCUUUGAUGCCAUGGUCUGUAGAUCAAUCAAAACUCAUAAAUUGUAUUUAACUGUGGCUAGUUCUUUUGGUAGUGGAACUUCUAAUUCUUAGCUAAAAUCAAUUUUUUUCUUUGUGAUCCCGUUUAUUACUUUGAAUUAAAAUGAAAUUUUGCACCAAGUGAUGAGUUUGAAUCGCUACAUUGACAAACCGUGAAAACUAUGUCAAACACUCUAAUUUUUUACUGAUGGUGCACAGCAGUAAUUUAUGUAGUUACAGCAUGAUAUUAGCUUCUAUUUGAUCUUCACUAUUGUUAUCUUAAUACAGGUGCACUGUGCAUCAAGGAUUUGAGUGGAGGAUAACACUUGGUAUGUAACAUGACAACCAUUGAUUUGUCCAUGAAAGAUACAUUGGAUCAAUAUCAGUAUCUGGGCAACUGCCCACCUACCCCUCCCCUAACCCAACAUUAACCUUAACUUGUUGUCAAUUGACUGUUGUUGAGUUAGGGGAGGGGUAGGUGGGCAGUUGCCCAGAUACUGAUAUUGAUCCGAUACAUUCUCCUUUUGAAGUGUUUGAAGGAAUUAUUUCUCAUUAUGCAUUGCAUAUUUUUCUUACCUGGAUGCAAGCAUGAACAUGGAAAGCCACCAUGGGGAAAAAAGAGGCAGAGAUCUUUUGCAACAUUUUUUUUCUCAGAUUUGGAUGUCUGUCAUAAAUUUAAGAUGUUUUUCCAAGACAAGAAUUUGUCUUCCCAAGCAGACAGUUGAAUUUUUUCUUGAAUCAAGAAUUUUGCUUUGGUUCAUCGUGGCUAUGCAUUUAUAGCUGAAAAUUCCCAUCUGCUUUUGUCUAUUAAUGCUUUGGCGUAACUGUCAGGGAUAAUUUUGACCAGGAGUAACUUGUUGUUUGCUACAUAAUGGGCUUCUGUUUACCCUUUAACUUUUAAGAUUUGAUUCUCAAAUUCCCAUCUAGCCACUACAUGUUUCCAUGUAAAUUAUUCUCAAGAAUAUGGUAUUACAGUAGAUCAAGAUAACAACUCCUACCAAAUAAGUUUGAGUAUUCUCAUUAGUGUGCAAUAUAUGGAUAUUCUGGGGAGAAGUAACAUGUUAAUCACUUUUGAGAGUUAAACUUUUAACUCCUAGAAGUGAUUAACAUGAAACUUCUCUCUAUAAUAUCUAUACAUUAUCAAGCAAAGGGCAAAUGAGAAUACCCAAACCUAUUAGGUAGAAGUUAUUAUCUCAAUCUAAUACCAAAUUCGCCUAACUUAUUUGCCAGGAAUUGUCUAAAAGCUGGACGGGAAACUUAACAAUCAGAUCAUGGGAGUUAAAGGGUUAAAAGGUUGAAGAGUGAAUUUAAUCUGGCCUUAUGAUUAGAAGUUCAUGCACCACUCAGAAAUUACUUUGGUGACAACAUCAGUAUGAGGGCCAGGGAGGAAGCAUUUUAAUCAUACCUGCCAACACGUCUGGGUUUUCACCAAAAUGGCUGGCAGAUAAUUAUAUAAAUCUUAUAUGAAGUGGUUGUUUUGUUUAAAAUAGCUUUCAAUGUUUCUACUUUUCCUUCUGUGUGUUAUUCCACUCAUGCCCAGAAGCCAAGAAAUAUCUGAGGAGACCUAACAAAUAACUGAUGUAGAGGACAAGUUAUCAAGAGAAAUUAGAAGACCCUGGCUGACAGGGUCAAACAAGCAAAGGUCAAGGCUGCAAGGUUAUAAAGGCAUUUGACAAUGAUUUGAACCAGGUAAGGUAAGAGAGCAAAAGAAACCUGAGGCCAGAAAGGUUUACUCAGUGGAAAAAAAUUUUAGCCUUUAUGUGCUGCGUGCAUAAUGACAUGUACUGUCUGUUGUCUGGUUACAGGCUCCAAAACUGUCAUAGGGAAACAAGAUAUAAUUAUUCCUUGAUUCUUGUGGUUCAUGUAUCAAGUGAUGAAAAUAACCAAAUCUUGAGCCCUUUGUUAAGGGUGCUAAUGAAGUUUUUUCCGCUUAUUAUCUGAUGAUACAUGCACAAUUUUGAUAUCUCUGUUUUUACCUAGAGUCAUAGAGAAAGUAGAUAUCAAGCUUGAUUAUUAAUUAAACAGACAGGAAGUGGCUUAAUAGUUAAUGCACUCUGGACUCUUGGUCCACAGAUCUGGUUUUGAGACCCUGCAUACUCAUUGUGUUUUGUUCUUGGGCAAAAAACUUUUUUCUCUGUACUUCUCCUGUACUGGGAGUGUGAAUGGGUACCAGAGAACUGCAGGGGUGGAGGGGAGAGGAGGGGUUGGCAUAGACUGGCAUCUCUUCUAGGGUUUGUAGCACUACCUACAUAUUGUUGAUUCGUGCUUCAAAAACAGGGGUAAGCUAGGCUGGAUAAGCUUCUUGACUCUGGUGAUGAUGUCGAAAUGUCAAAAUGUCAGUGACCACCACUCAGUUUUUUUUGCAGGACUGUUUUCAAUGAGAUGAUCAGACCACUGAUUUAAUAAGAGUGUAUAAAACUUGAAACUUGUUAGGUUUCACCCCAGAGGGAAUCCUCAUAGAAGCCACACAAUUUACUUUUUGCCAUGCAGGAGACCAAAGUUUGUCAUCUUUCUUAAUUCUAAGCAUACAAGUACUUUUAGGAACUUGGUCAGUCCUUCCAUUUGUCUGUUGUUUCUCUUAAUUAAGAAGGCAAGAUUUGUAUCAACCAUUGAGAAGUUGAUGAGAAUCUCAUUGUGAUAGUAUUACCAAUUAGGGAAUGAACUUGUGUUUUAGUAGACUGCAGUUUUCAUUUAUCGCCAUUUUCUGAUUUAUAGAUCAUCUGCAGCUUACUUACCAAGAAGUGAUGUGUGAAGGAAAUCCUCUGUUGAAAGAAUGAGCUUUUCAGGAAAAGA